AAAGGUUAAAAGAGAAUGGCGGCCAACAUGUACCGAGUGGGAGAUUAUGUUUACUUUGAGAACUCCUCGAGCAACCCGUACCUGAUCCGUAGAAUAGAAGAGCUCAACAAGACCGCCAAUGGGAACGUGGAGGCGAAGGUGGUGUGUCUGUUCAGGAGGCGGGACAUCUCAGGAAACCUCAACACCCUUGCUGACAGCAACGCAAGAGAAUUUGAGGAGGAGUCCAAGCAGCCCACUCCGUCUGAACCACAGAAACACCAGCUCAAACACAGAGAACUCUUCCUGUCUCGACAGUUUGAAUCGUUACCUGCUACUCACAUACGGGGGAAAUGUAACGUCACUCUCCUCAAUGAAACCGACGUCUUGUCCGGCUACCUGGAGAAAGAAGACUGCUUCUUCUACUCGUUGGUCUUCGACCCCGUCCAGAAGACCUUACUGGCUGACCAGGGAGAGAUCCGGGUGGGCUCAAAGUACCAGGCAGAGAUCCCUGACAAGCUAGCUGAGGGGGAGUCGGACAACCGGAUCCAGGAGAAGCUGGAGACCAAAGUGUGGGACCCCAACAACCAGCUCAAAGACCCACAGAUAGACCAGUUCCUGGUGGUGGCAAGGGCUGUGGGAACCUUUGCUCGGGCCCUUGACUGCAGCAGCUCCAUCCGACAGCCCAGCCUCCACAUGAGUGCAGCUGCAGCCUCCAGAGACAUCACACUGUUCCACGCUAUGGACACGUUGCAGAAGAACAGCUAUGACCUGGCCAAAGCCAUGUCCACGCUGGUUCCCCAGGGUGGCCCGGUGCUCUGCCGCGAUGAAAUGGAGGAGUGGAGCGCCUCGGAGGCCAUGCUGUUUGAGGAGGCUCUGGAGAAAUACGGCAAGGACUUCAACGACAUCCGUCAAGACUUUCUGCCUUGGAAGUCGCUUGCCAGUGUGGUCCAGUUCUACUACAUGUGGAAGACCACUGACCGCUACAUCCAACAGAAGCGGCUAAAGGCAGCAGAGGCAGACAGCAAGCUGAAGCAGGUGUACAUCCCCACCUACACCAAACCCAACCCCAACCAGAUCAUGGCGCCAGGGAGCAAGCCUGUGUAUACGGGGCAGCAGCGCUUCCAGAAAGGCCUCAGCUGUGAGAGUUGCCACACGGCCCAGUCUCCUCAGUGGUACGCCUGGGGCCCUCCCAACAUGCAGUGCAGACUCUGCGCUUCCUGCUGGAUCUACUGGAAGAAGUACGGAGGCCUGAAGACGCCCACGCAGCUAGAGGGCGCUGCAAGAGCUGGCUCUGAGUCAGGCCCCCGCGGCCACAUGACCCGCCAGGAGGUCCAGGGCAUGUCGCCGUUCACCCGCAACGAGGGUCGUGCCAAGCUGCUGGCAAAGAACCGCCAGACGUUCAUCCUGCAGACCACGAAGCUGACCCGCAUUGCCCGGCGGGUAUGCGAGGACAUCCUACAGCCUCACCGUGCCGCGCGGCGGCCCUACGCCUCCAUCAACGCCAAUGCUGUCAAAGCGGAGUGUAUAAUCAGGCUGCCCAAAGCCACAAAAACUCCUCUAAAGACUAAGCUGGUGCCUCGACCGUCUCUGGCCAACAUAGUGAAGGAUUUAGCCAUCUCAGCGCCUCUGAAAUUGAAGGCGUCUAGAGGACCCCCGACACCCAUCAACCGGAAUCAGGCCAGCCAGCCGCGUGUAGGCCAAAGCCUGCUGGGAAAGAGGGGCUUCGACAGCGCUACUGGCAUGCCCUACCCGGCUAAUGGGAGGCCGUACACUUCAGGUAUGAGGACCACCUCUCAGUCGGUGAUCAAGCGGCAGAAGGUCAGCCAGGGAGAGGCACCCAACCCUGUGGUGUUUGUGGCUACAAAGGACACCAGGGCUCUGAGGAAACAUCUGACGCAGUCAGAGAUGCGCCGGGCAGCAAGGAAACCGCACCUCCUGGUCCGGAUCAAACUUCCACCGCCCCCCCGCUCACUGGCCAUGCCCCUGCUCCCCUCCAGCACCAGUGAGCCCAUCGUCCUGGAGGACUAAAGGGUGGAGGAACAUGGGGGGGGGGUCUUUUACCGGGACAUGGGAUUUUGGAGGGGGGGUCUGUGCUCAGGUCCUGACUUAACAGGCAGCACAGUACGCCAUACCAGUAGUCUUUUAUUUCCCUAUUUUCUUUAGUCUUCUGUUACUUCCCAAAUGUUGAUGUGACACACAGAUAUACAUGCACACAUUUAAUGACUGUACAAUUCCAUCACGCACAAACACACACACACCGACACUCACACAUCACUAUGGGCGUUGUAGUAUUUUAUACCAGAUCCUGAAUCAUUUUUUGCUCCCCUCUUUUGAUUUCACCUGUUUUUAAAUGUGUAAUUUAAAUCGAAAUACGUCUCAUCCUAAAAACAACUGCGUUAAAGCACACUUUGUUUUUCUUCCCCCAUGACGUCUCUAACUGUGUAAAUAUACGCACCGUUGAAUGAAGCUUGCAGUAUGUGAGGAGAGGGAGCUGGGGGGGCGGUCUAAUUUGAUAAGAAAAUGUAAUUCCAGCAGGGACUAAUCUGACUGGCUUUUAAUCCUAGCCUGUCCAUGCUCGUAUGUACUGGGGAAGUUCUUAUGGAGACACGCUGAGGAGACAUGUUGAGCCGUCAUCAGCCCGUCUGAACACAGUGUUGUCUGUAACACUUUCAGGGGUUAUUACACAGCUCCAGUCCUUCCCACCUCAGUGAUGAAAGUACUGAGUGAGCACAAAAUCGUGUGUGUGUGUGUGUGUGUGUGUGUGUGUGUGUGUGUGUGUGUGUGUGUGUGUGUGUGUGUGUGUGUGUGUGUGUGUGUGUGUGUGUGUGUGUGUCACAC